GUUUUACUGUUCUUCUUCCAGCAACCAGCACUUCCUCUUCUUUCCGUUCUUCUCCUCUUCUGGUAAAUUUGGCUCUGUCUCUGCCGUUGUGUGGUUUGAUGUUUAUUUUACCAUAACCAACUCGUAUUCUGUUUCUUAUCUUUCUUGGAUUCUCUUCUUAUUUUGGUUCUGGUUCAUAAUAAUCCUCCGAAUCAAACCUUAACUACUCCUAUUACUUCAACUACUCCCCCUACCACUGUCACCUUUGGAGCCCCAGGCUUCCUUUCCACCUGAUUCUUUGUUCAGGCAAACAAGACUCGUGCCUUCGGUGGCGUUUUUUGCCCAGGGCUGAAGAUGAGUGGAGCUGUGUUUGUAGCUAUUGCUGCUGCAAUUGGUAACUUACUACAAGGAUGGGAUAAUGCAACUAUAGCUGGUGCAGUACUCUACAUAAAGACGGAAUUUCAUUUGGAAACAGCACCAACUGUGGAAGGUCUCAUCGUGGCCAUGUCACUUAUUGGCGCCACUUUGAUCACCACAUUUUCAGGUGGAAUUGCUGAUUGGCUCGGUCGCCGUCCUAUGCUGAUAAUCUCUUCGGUUCUUUAUUUUGUGAGUGGUCUUGUGAUGUUGUGGGCUCCUAAUGUGUAUGUCCUGCUUUUGGCGAGGCUCCUCGAUGGGUUUGGAAUUGGUUUGGCCGUUACGUUAGUUCCUAUCUAUAUAUCUGAGACAGCACCGCCAGAAAUUAGGGGUUUACUGAACACGUUACCUCAGUUUACUGGUUCCCUAGGAAUGUUUGUCUCAUACUGCAUGGUCUUUGGGAUGUCAUUGAUGGACUCUCCUAGUUGGAGAUUGAUGCUUGGGUUCCUCUCAAUUCCAUCCAUUGUAUAUUUUGUAUUAGCCGUGUUUUUUUUGCCGGAGUCACCUAGAUGGCUCGUUAGUAAGGGGCGGAUGCUGGAGGCAAAGCAGGUUUUGCAACGGCUCCGGGGAAGGGAUGAUGUAACUGGUGAGUUUUCUUUGGCCUUUCGAUCUCCAUCUAUUAAUUAGGAGGUUCAAAUAAUAGAAUGAGUGACACAAGAAUUGCUAACUUUUCGACUUGCACAAGGUAGCAUUUUCCUGUUAGCAAAUUAACCUGACACUGUGUCCUCCCUAUUUAAUGAGUUGGAUGCUGAAAGAAUUAACUCCUUCUUGUGGCUGUUCCAUAUGCGUGUGUUUCUAUGCUGAUGGCUAUAUGUUAAGGAUUGAGUGAAUAGUAUCCUAGUAUAAAAGAUAUUGAUAAAAAUUACCUAAGUAGGAGAAUUAAGAAAGUUGUUCGGUGAUUCACAAGUAUUUUGUUGAUUCAUUUUCGCUCUCAAAAUAAUUGCAGUGGAGCUUGUGCAGGUGAUUUUUUCACUUCAGUUAUUUUGUGCUACAGGUGAAAUGGCACUAUUAGUUGAAGGCCUAGGCAUUGGUGGUGAAACACAUAUUGAGGAAUAUAUCAUUGCUCCUGCGGAUGAACUUGCUGACGAUCCGGAUCAAAGUGCAGAGGCUGAAAAGAUUAGGUUAUACGGACCAGAAGGAGGAGCCUCAUGGAUUGCUCGCCCUGUCACUGGGCAGAGUGUUCUGAGCUUGGUAUCUCGCCAAGGAAGCUUAGCGAACCAGAACAUCCCCCUUAUGGAUCCUCUAGUGACCCUUUUUGGUAGUGUUCAUGAGAAGCUUCCAGAUACGGGAAGUAAAGGAAGCAUGUAUUUUCCGCACUUGGGCAGUAUGUUCAGUGUUGCAGGAGGAAAUCAACAUAGGAACGAAGAAGAAUGGGAUGAAGAGAGUCUCACGAGAGAGGGAGAGGAUUAUGCAUCUGAUGCUGCUGCAGGUGAAUUCGAGGACAACUUGCAUAGCCCGUUAAUAUCACGCCAGACAACUAGCAUGGAAAAAGACAUGGUUGCUCCUCAUCAUUCACAUGGAAGUAUUUUGAGCAUUAGGCAGGAUAGUGCUCUUCGAGUCGGAACUGAUGGAGAAAUGGCUAGUAGUACAGGUAUCGGUGGGGGAUGGCAACUUGCAUGGAAGUGGGUUGAGAAGGAAACUGAAGAUGGAAAGAAAGGAGGGUUUAAGAGAAUCUAUUUGCAUGAAGGUGGUGUUCCUGCUUCCCAUAGAGGUUCUUUAGUUUCGGUUCCUGGGGGUGAUGCACCGGCAGGUGGUGAAUACAUACAAGCUGCUGCAUUGGUGAGCCAGCCUGCUCUAUACUCCAAGGAACUUUUGGAUCAGCAUCCUAUUGGACCAGCAAUGAUUCAUCCAUCUGAAGCUGCAGGAAAAGGGCCAAACUGGAAGGACCUGUUGGAACCAGGAGUCAAGCAUGCUUUGGUUGUUGGAAUCGGAAUUCAAAUACUUCAGCAGUUUUCAGGAAUAAAUGGUGUACUGUACUAUACUCCCCAGAUCCUGGACCAGGCAGGUGUUGGAGUUCUUUUGUCGAAUGUUGGAAUUAGCUCGACAUCCGCUUCUAUACUUAUUAGUGCCUUUACAACGUUGUUGAUGUUGCCUGCCAUAGCUAUCGCCAUGAGGCUGAUGGAUAUUUCGGGCAGAAGGAGCUUGUUACUCACCACAAUACCGGUCCUGAUUUUAACACUAAUCAUUUUAGUCAUCGGAAGUUUUAUAAAUUUCGGGAAUGUGGCGAACGCGGCAAUUUCAACAGUGAGUGUAAUCCUAUACUUCUUUUUCUUCGUCAUGGGGUUUGGUCCCAUUCCCAACAUACUCUGUGCAGAGAUAUUCCCAACCCGAGUACGCGGCAUCUGCAUUGCUAUAUGUGCCUUGACAUUUUGGAUCGGGGACAUCAUUGUCACAUAUACCCUCCCCGUGAUGCUAAGUACCGUUGGCCUUGGAGGCGUUUUUGGCAUUUACGCAAUUGUGUGUGUUGUUUCGUGGGUUUUUGUAUUCUUGAAAGUGCCGGAAACUAAAGGUAUGCCGCUUGAGGUGAUCAGUGAAUUCUUUUCUCUCGGUGCGAAGGCCUUGAAAAGUAAUUGAAAAGGAAAAUGGGGGAAGGCACUAGGGUUUUGUUGUCAAAAAUAUGGAUGGUGGGCGGGAUGGCAUCGAUAGUUUCAGUUUUGAGGUUAUCGGGUUGGUACUUUUUUUUUCCUUCCUUUUUUCCCCAGUUCUAUGUAAAAGCAGCUCUGUUAACGCAUAUAUUUGAUUUUGUUUAUUAGGAGAUAAAGUGGUGGGGUGAGGAGAUCACAUCAUUUGUUUAAUAGGAGAUUUGGUUGAGUAGGAAUGAGUAAUGUUUGGUUGUUUUGUGAGAUGGAAAUAUCAUGUGAAAAUGAUCAAAUAGAAGAAAUAAAGAGUAAAUCAUGUUUGAUGUAUUGAACAAAAGGAGGUAUAAAAAACAGGAUUGUAGGGGAGAUGGAGGAUUGAGAUAGUGUUUUUGGUGUAGCAAUAUGGCAGACGUGACGGUGAUUAAAAGAUGUCGUAACUAACGGCGUGAAGAGUAAAAAAGAAAGAAGUGUGAGGAAAAAAGAUUGUCAGGUGUGGUUUGUACACAUUUAGGGAAAAUAUUAGAUGUGCCAAUGAUUCCCUCGCGUCCUUAAUAUAUUUGAUUUGUUUAUCUUACGUUUCAGUUAAUAUAAAUUUUUAAUUAAAGAAAAAAUUUUAAAAAUAUAUACAUUUUUAAUUAAAAAAAAGUUUAAAAAUAUAUUUUCACAGGACAAAAAAUAUAUUUUAAAAAUAUAUACAUUUUUAAUUAAAGAAAAAAAUUUUAAAAUAUUUUUUCAAGAUCUUUUAUAUUAACGAUUGGAGGAACUAUUAGCUAAAGAUGUACUAUUAAAUAGGCAGCGGGGCUGUAUAAUAAUUGGUGUGCCAAUGUAUUAGCAAAAAAUGUGUUAAAUAGGCAGCGGAUAUGCCCCGAGAUUGUCUGACAUCUCUCUCUUCUCCCUUUUUCAAUUAAAAUUCAAAAGAGUAUGGUUGUCUCCAUUCACUUGGAGACGUCAGGAGGCUUCUCUUCUUCUUCCAGUUCAGAGCAGCGCCUAUUAUCGAUCUUGAUACGGUGUUCCUCCUCUUGUUGAUAGACCUCAAACUCUUCCAAAUCUUCAAAAGCCGCCAUUAAAGCCUCUUUAUUCUUUCCUUUACCCCCUUAAUUUUUGAAUUUGGACUUGAUAUUGAAAGUGUUGGUUCCAUCCCUUGGUUUUCCGCCAGAGGAAGGGUUGUGCGUCUUAGACAUGCGGUGGGUUAGCCCUGUAAUUGGAUGAGGAAUAUGCACUACUGUGUGAUUUUGAGUAUUUGAAAUUGGUUAAGAGGUACUCACAACAGUAUGCAUUGGUUGCUCGUUUUGAGUCUCAAUUCUGCAUUCUUGCACUGGAGUUUCAAUUGGGACGUGAACUGGAGAGAAUGUUGAAGGUUGUCCCUUUGGUGUUGCAAUUUCAUUCCCUUGAUUGGUCUUCUCACGUAAUAGCCCGGUAUGGUUGAUGAGAUUUGCUUGGACUUCUCGCAUGGUGGUUCAUGUGCAAUGGGUAAGCCUUUCUUGGGCUUAUACAUUAAGCCUUCCCUGACAUCAUUCUUUUUUUUUUACCCAUAUUACUACUUGAUUUGGGCAGAUCUUUUUUGUUUAUUGAAGGGCCCAUUUCGAAACUCUUUAGCCCAUUUGAUGAGGUGUUGAAAGUCGCCGCUUCUCUGUCAUCUUCAAAGGCUAAGGGAUUGAAUCUAGAACCAUAGAUAGUCGAUUUUGACCUGGUUGUUGCCAUUCUUUCAGUAGCCGUUGGAGCGCUCUUUCGAGCAGUUGGAAGCGCAUAUCUAGGUGGACCUCUCUUUGGGGCUUGCAUCCACUCUCACCCCAACAGGUCGUUGUGUUUGGACUGAUUUGGUACCGGAGGGAUUGGCAAUAUUGGACGUGUCUGCUAUUGGAGUGACCGGAUUCUCACUCAGAGUUUCCGAUAGUGCCGCUUCCAUAGCUCCGGCCGAAGAAGUAGGGCAGGCAUCAGUUAAGUGUCCAUAUUUUCCACAAGCGAAACAAAUCGUGGGUAAAUCUUCAUACUCAAUCUUCUAUGUCGCUUCAUCAACCACGACAGUUCCUUUUAGAGCCUCAGUUAGAUUCAAUUGGACAGCCACCCGGGCGUAUUUGUCCCGUUCCGCCGAUAACGUAUGUUGAUAUGGCUUAAUGAAAAUUCCAAUUGAUUUAACAACAUUGCGGAGGAUGUCUUCAUGGAAGUAUUCAAUUGGAAGUUCUGGAAUCCUGAUCCACGCAGCCACUGCUGACAAAUUCCCAGUUUUAGAAUUGAAUUUCUGAGUCCAUGGAGUAACUCUGAGCUAAUUACUGUAACUGUUGCAAUUGACGUAGUCUCUGGUACCAAUUGUCCAUGGCCCGUUGAGAAUAACAUUGUUGUAGUCAUCUUCAUUGCUAGUGACCGUUGAUGGAGUCUGCAACUUCAAUUUCGCCUGUAGGCUGCCAGAUUGCCAUGAGUUGGUUGUACAACGCUUGGUAGCCUACAGUUCUUCCAAGAGGACUUACUAUAACUGAGAAUCCCAUAGAUUCUCUCAUUUGGAUCUGAACAUUAUGCAAAAAUUUCACGGAACCAACUCCGUUAGUCAUUUCAUGGAUGACAUCAGAAUCAUGUACCUUAACUUGCUUCCUCGGAGGCAUUUUUAUUUUCUCACUUUGUUGCGUUUUAAGAAUUGCUUCCUUGAAAGAUAAAUUAUCUGCCGUUUGGCUUGCCUCUUCUCUGUUCUUGACCUUUUUUGUUGCUGGAUUUCCGUCAUCCUGCUCCAAAGGGGCUGGGACCUCAGUCUCCAUGUCCAUCUUUAGUCUUUAUACACUAACUUUAAAGAGAGCGUUCAGAGCUACAAGAGAGAGAAACCUCUGGACCAAGAUUCUAGUACAAC